AUGGAAGAUAAAAAAGAAAAAAAACCAAUUGAACGAAAAGCACAUUUAAAAGAAAAGAAUUCAUUAAAAACAAUUUGCCCAUUUAAUUCAGAACAUAUUAUUAAAAAAAAGAGAUUAAGGAAACAUAUUCAGGCAUGUCUAGAUAAUCCAGUAAAUAAACCUACAUAUGGAAAGUCAUAUAUUAUUCAUAAUUGUAAUAGAACAAAUGUAGUAGAAAUAAAUACUCCACUUCAAAUAGAAACUUUUUUACCAAUUUUAAGUGAUGAAACUUUUAAAAGUGGAAUUGAUAUAAAAAGAAAAGGAAGUGAAUAUCUUCAUUGUGACUGUAUUCAUUUUUCAAUUUCUAAAUUAAAUAUUGAAGUAUUAAAAUUAUUAAUGAUAAGAGUCAAAAGAUUGUAUGAAUUUAUAUGUAAACAAUAUAGCAGUAUUGUUGCUCCUGUAAUUAAUAAUAUUGAAAUUACUAAUACAACUGAUUGCUUAAUUGAUCAAAAAACUCUUGAAGUUGAAAUUCCUCGUUAUUGGGGAAAGCCUAAUCAAAAAAUGACAGUUCAAUGUUUUUCAAUUAUUAAACAUUUAAUAGAAAAAAGGGUAUUAAAAAAUAAUUCUAAUUAUUCACAACAAAUAAUUGAAACUGGUGCUGGAACUGGUCAAUUAUCUGCAAGUUAUUUAUUACUUCCUCAUGAAAAUAAAAAUUAUGUUUAUCUUGUUGAUAGAAUGAAUGCAUCUCAUAAACGAUUUGAUAGAAUUGGUAAACAUCAUGGUGAUGAAGUUAAACGAAUUGUUGCUGAUCUAUGUGAUUUUGAUCCCACAGAACUUAUUAAGGAAACAAUGAAUAAUCAACCAUUUGAUGGUGUUUCAAUUAUAGGAAAACAUUUGUGUGGGUCUGCUACUGAUAUGGUUCUUAGAAUGGCUGUUAGAUGUAGUAAACAAUUCAAAUUAAACGGAAUAGGUAUUGCUCUUUGUUGUCAUAUGAAGGGAGAUGGCCAUGAUGAUUGUAUGUCUGAUUUCUUUAAAUCUCUUGGUGUUAGUUUACUAGAACUUACUGUUAUUCAUCGUAUGUCUUCGUGGGCAAGUUCAUUAAGAAAUCUUCAAGAAAAACAAGAUGACUGUGUUGAAAUAAAUGAAAUUGAAUCAAUUAAUGUGGAUGAAGAAUUCCAAAAAGAUCAGCGUAUUGUUGGUGAAAUGUGUAGAACCUUAUUAAAUGUUGCUAGAGUAGUAUGGUUAAAAAAUCAAAAUGUUAUGCAAGAGGUUGGUCUUGUAAAGUAUUGUCUUCAAACAAUAACUCCAGAAAAUGUAUUAUUAUGGGGAGUUGGAAAAUAA